UAUAGGUAGGUAUAUAUAUAUAGGUAUGUAUGUAUGUAUGUAUGUAUAUUUAUCAGUCAGUUAGAUGUAGGCGUGGGUGUCUCUAUCCCACACAGUAAACGUAAGAUGCCGUGGUAUCAUGUAUACGUACACCGAUGAGAUAAAAGGAAAGAAAGGGGGACAAAAAAGAAAAAGCAAGGACCAACCCGCCAUCGCCAUGCAGAUCUUAUUGUACAAAGAGGCAACUCGUGUGAAAAGAUAAUAAAAAGUCCCCCAAAUAGUGUAGACAAUGACAACAAUGAUAAGCCUUAUCUUUUGCCUCGUGGGUUACGGUCCCAGAUGCCACCUCGAAACGCCUUGCCAAGCUUUUGAAGAACUGCCCUUUUUCCUCUUUUCCAAUAGAAGAUCCAAUAGAAGUCUGCCUGCCACGAAUCGGCCAGUAGUCCAUAUAACCCCUGUCGUACUUCACUUGUCAUACUUAUCUCAAAAAUGCUUCUUGUAUAGCCCUGACAUCAAUCGCUUUACGCGUUGCGGCUAGAUUCGCUUCCUUGGGUAGCAAACAAUACUUCUCUGUAUUAGCCCCCUCCCACCUCC